AUGAUGACACAUCGUUUAUUUCAGUUGCGUGUUUUAGUGCAGUCAAAAAGAGACAAGAUGAUACAGCGUAACAUAUGUUGUUGUUUCGCACUGCUGGUCCUCAAUGUAUUAGCAGUUAUAACUCUGCCACAAACGUGUCAUAAUUUAGCUCAAUACGACAAAUGUUCCAGCAAUCCUUUAUGUGCUUGUCUACAUUCUGUUUCUUCAAACGACAGCGGCAUUUGUGCCUUCCGAUGGACAACCUGUUCUGAACUUGACGCUUGUACAAUAAAUACUCAUCUAUGUUUUCAACCUAACCAUAUUUGCGUUCAUCACCCUGAUUGUCAGAGCCAACCAUUGUGUUAUCCAUUAUCCAUGACUACUGUUGAUCUAUGCCCCUCUAUUAGCGAAACAACCACUCCAACUUCAAGCUCUUCAACAGAGACCGAUGAGGUCGAAAUUUGUUUAACAGCAACAUGGUUUACGCAAGGUAUAACAGUUGCUGGUGGAAAAGGUUUUGGGGACAAAUUAGAUCAAUUAGCUGACCCCUACGGAAUUUUUCUUGAUGAUAAUGAUACAAUUUACAUUGCAGAUCGUUCCAAUCAUCGUAUUGUUAUGUGGGAACAGAAUGCUAUCAUGGGGCAAUGGCUUGCUGGCUAUAAAGAAGAUAAUGCACGUAGUAUGCCUUUAAACAUGCCUCAAGAUCUUGUUGUUGAUCAGAACGGGACGAUGCAUAUAAGUGAUGGAGGAAAUUACCGCGUUGUUCGAUGGAAUCGAGGCGCACAGGAAGGUGAAGUGAUCGUUGAUCACAUUCAAGCAGUCGGUAUUGCGCAAGACAAUACCGAAUCAAUUUAUGUGUCGGAAUAUGCGGACGGUCGAAUAACAAAAUGGAGCAAAGAUAAUGAUGGCCAGUUGGUUGGACAAGUGAUUGCAACAAAACUGCGCCAAUCGAACUUUAUAUUCGUCGACCGGGAUCGAUCAGUCUAUUCAACAGGUUAUAUGGCACAUCGCAUAGUUAAAAUAAUCGAAGGGGUUGAAGAACCUCUCGUUGUUGCUGGUCAAUCAGACAAAUCCGGACAUGAUCUGCAUCAACUGACAUUUCCAACUGGUGUUUUUGUUGACCAUCAAGGUACUAUUUAUGUGGCUGAUACUGAUAAUCAUCGGAUAGUACGUUGGCCAAAAGGAGCAACGUCGGGUAUUCUAAUCGUAGGUGAACAUGGACGAGGUUCAGCAUCAGAUCAAUUGGCACAUCCUUCUGAUUUAUUUCUUGAUCGGCAGGGAAAUUUAUACGUUACUGACACUUUGAAUAAUCGUGUACAAAAAUUUCUUAUUGAUAAAAGUUCUUGUGGUUCGAAAUUGAAAUAA